AUGCCAAAAUGGUACAAUACUGUAAUAGAAGAGAUAAGGUCAAGCUAUAUACAAACAACAUCUAAGAGUCUAGUAACAUCUAAUCUGCUUACUAUACAGAACACAACUAUACAAAAAUAUGAUUGGAUAUAUACCAAAAUUGAUAACCAAUAUAUAAUAGGAAGACUAACUAAAAUCCUAACAACAGCACAAAUCAAGUUGAUACAUUGGAUACCAAAUAGUGACUUGUCAGCUAUACAGUGCAAAAGAUAUGUAAAAUCUACUAACUCUCAUUAUGGCAAAGAAAUAAAAAGUGACAUAGAGGAUGUUCAGCAAGCACUACAAGAAGAAAGACUACAUAUAUUAAUAGAAAAACAA